CGCGACCACGCCCAGCUCCGGGUCGGUCAGGCUGGGACUGAGACUAGGACCCACGUCGGGAAGUCCUGAAGUUCUGAUGGGGGACCAGGGGCUGUAGUUCCAGGCGGAAGGCACUACUGGGUCAAUGGCGCGGAGACAUUUAUUAAGCACUUACCAUGCACCAGACACUUUCUCCGCCCUGGGGCCCCAUCAGAAGGUCUUUGACCCCCCUGAGGACUUGGAGCGGAAGGUAUGGGAGCUGGCACAGCUGGUCUGGCAGUCCUCCAACGUGGUGUUCCACACGGGCGCGGGCAUCAGCACAGCCUCAGGCAUCCCCGACUUCAGGGGCCCCCAUGGCGUCUGGACGAUGGAGGAGCAGGGCCUGGCCCCCAAGUUCGACACCACCUUUGAGAACGCGCGGCCCACGAAGACUCACAUGGCACUGGUGCAGCUGGAGCGCGUGGGCCUCCUCCGCUUCCUGGUCAGCCAGAACGUGGACGGGCUGCAUGUGCGCUCCGGCUUCCCCAGGGACAAGCUGGCAGAGCUUCACGGAAACAUGUUUGUAGAAGAAUGUGUCAAGUGUAAGACGCAGUACGUCCGGGACACCGUCGUGGGCAGCAUGGGCCUGAAGGCCACCGGCCGGCUCUGCACCGUGGCCAAGUCAAGGGGGCUGCGGGCCUGCAGGGGGGAGCUGAGAGACACUAUCCUGGACUGGGAAGACUCCCUGCCUGACCGGGACCUCACUCUGGCCGAUGAGGCCAGCAGGAACGCGGACCUGUCCAUCACGCUGGGCACCUCCCUGCAAAUCCGGCCCAGCGGGAACCUGCCCCUCGCCACCAAACGCCGCGGAGGCCGGCUGGUCAUCGUCAACCUUCAGCCCACCAAGCACGACCGCCACGCAGACCUGCGUAUCCACGGCUAUGUAGAUGAGGUCAUGACCCGGCUCAUGAAGCAUCUGGGCCUGGAGAUCCCGGCCUGGGACGGCCCCCGCGUGCUGGAGAGGGCACUGCCACCCCUGCCCCGCCCACCCACCCCCAAGCUGGAGCCCAAGGAGGAGGCCCCCGCCCAGCUCCACAGCCCAGCGCCCGCCAGCCCCAAGCAGGAGCCCACAGCUGAGCCUGGCGCCCAGCACAACGGCUCUGGGCCCGCCAGCCCCAAAAGGGAGCUGCUGGACAGUCCUGCUCCCCGCAGGCCCCCCAAAAGAGUGAAGACCGAGGUGGUUCCCAGCUGACCAGGGGGCCUGGGGAGGGCGGGGCUCUUUGUAGAAACCAUGGAUUCUUUUUUUUUUCUUACUGGUUUCACUUUGUUACUUGUCUCUGUCCUUGGGGGGAGACCUCAGGGUGCUGAGAGCUGGGCUCCAGGCCCCGGGGCAGACUUGCCCUCCAUUGCACCUCCCUUUAGCUUGGGGCUUCUGGAGGGGGCCUGGGAAGGAGCAUCCCCCCUGGACCCUGACCUUGGAGCUGACACCCCCCCACCCCGUACCUGCUCCAAACCCAGGCUCCAGCCUCUGACUCAGGAUGUUCCUGGGAGGUGUGGCCAGGCCCUCUGUGGUUUCCUCUGACCCCUGGGCCCUCACACUCUCCAGCCCCUGCCUACCCCCGGACAGCCUUCACAGUCCCUCCAGGAGGGAAGGGAGGCAGGGCCAUCAUUUAGGAGCCAAACUUCAUGGCAGGACAGACAAUAGAAGCUCACACUGCCUUUGGGGCUGGAGGAAGAAGGGUGGGUCCACCUGGCUUCCUCCAGGCUUCCAGAAAAGCCUUCAAUGCAAUAAAAGAAUUUCUUGCAUCUGAGUCUGUGUUUGCCAUCCACAACCUUGCC